GACUGAAAAAGAAAAAAAAAGAAACGAAGAAAGAAAUGAGUUCGAAUGGAACUGGAGAACUAGUGUGUUCGAAGCCGACGCGCGUGACCGGCAAAAGCGGUUUGGACCGAACGGCCACCGGAAGCGGAUUAUCAGCUGGUCGUGCCGUCCAGUCAUCAAACAGCGACGCUGCGAUGGCCAAUAACAAGAACACGCCGGAGAAGAGGAACUCGCCCGCGUGCAGCGAAUCGCCGCGCAAAACGUUGCGACGUCGCGCUGCCAAAAUGGAAGACGAGGAUGAAGAGGACGCCGACGUGGCGACGGCCACGACAACUCCGCCGGACGUGACCAACGAUUACCCCGUGAUCGUGACGGAAGACAAUGUCACCGCGACGGCCAGCGUCGUGGUGGACACUGUGUGCGAGGACGUGUCCGUCGCCGUGACGGGCAAGAAAAACAUUCGCGGCAAAGUGUGGCGAGCUCGCAACGGCGAUUACGUCAGAUACUUGUGCGUCGACGAUGGAGCAGAUUAUCGGCCAGGAGAUGCCGCUUACAUAGAAAGCCAGGGAGCUGAUCAGCCAUUCUUCAUCUGCACCAUCCAAGAAUUCCGGCGGAGCAAGCGGGACACCUUGAUGGUCAACAUUAAAUGGUACUAUCGACCCUGUGAAGUCCCCGAAACGGUGUAUCAGCUGUUGGUGCAAGACCGCAACACAGAACAAGGCAACAAGAUCUCGUUCCUUCAUGAUCCGGUGAUUAAAGGUCGCGAGCUGUUUAUAUCCGACGCCACCGAUACCUAUCCCGUCUCCUUACUCAGGGGCGUGUGCCGCGUCCAGCACUUCACCGACAUCCAGGGCGCUGAAAAGUUUUCGCCGUCCAAGGACUCGUUUUUCUACAUUUUAGGCUACAAUCCAGAAACUCGCAGACUGGCGUCCACCCAGGGUGAAAUCCGGGUCGGGCCAUCCCAUCAGGCCCGGCUACCGGAAUUGCGAGCCCAGUUGGGGUUGGACAAACGUCCAGAAAAAUGCGAAGAUUGGGAGGAGCCGCGCUGGGUACCACCGCCCAACGCUCCGGGUGUGCGCGAUGGCGAUUUGAUCGUCUAUAUCCAGGCUGCCCGUUCGGUGGCCGCCUUUGUGGGUAUGUGUGACGGCGGAUCCCCCGACGAUGGAUGCCUCGCCGCAUCCCGUGACGACACCACCAUCAACGCCAUGGACGUGCUACACAAUUCCGGCUACGAUCUGGGUAAAGCGCUGCAAACUCUGGCCAAGUGCCCCGUACCUAAAGGCAUCGACAAGAAAUGGUCCGAAGACGAAACGAAACGCUUCGUCAAGGGACUGCGACAGUACGGCAAAAACUUUUUCCGGAUCCGUAAGGACCUCUUGCCACACAAGGAUACGUCGGACUUGGUGGAGUUUUACUACUUGUGGAAAAAGACGCCAGCCGCAGCCAAUCAGCGUCCACACCGGAGGCGUCAUCGACAGAGCGUCCUGCGUCGGAUUCGCACCACACGCACCACCCGCGCCGCCAAGGAGGAACCCGGAGAUUUGAGUUCGGCCAGUGAGGAUGAUAAUUCCGAUGACGAUUCAGAUUCGAGAGAUUUAGCUGCUUAUCACUGUCGUCACUGUUUCUCUACAUCCUCGAAAGAUUGGCAUCAUGCGGGCAAGGACAAGGCCCUCUUAUGUACGGAUUGUCGAGUACACUUUAAGAAAUACGGCGAGUUGCCCCUGUUAAAAACUACUCAACAAGCGCAGGGCAGCGAGAGUGAGGCUCGCUCGGAGCCGCCGUACAUGUUUCGUCCCGUCCAAAAUCCUGACGAUGAAGAAGUGGAGGGCCGUGUUCGCACCAGAACACGCACGAAGGAACUGAUGGGGGUGCAGAACGCGCGGAAUCGACCCAAACAAGACAGCGGCAACAACAGCCCGGAACCGGAAGGCAACGAGCGGCGAAGCCACCGGAAAUCGCCCAGCUCGGCCAGCAACUGUUCGUCGUCGUCUUCGUCGGUCGUGCAUGAGAAAGAUAAAGGCAAUAACGGGAACAAAGCCAAGUCGAUGGUGGAGAGUCCGAGCAAAGGGCACAAGAGACGCCACGGAGGCGGAGGAGCUGGAGGGACUGGCGGUGGUGGAGGGGCCGGCGGAGAAGUGCCCGGUCCGGAUCGCGAACAAGCCGGCAACGGCAACGAAGAUGAACGCGGCCCGCCUCGCCAGAAGAAGAAGAAAAACGACACCAAUUCCGAGAGUCCGUCCGAGAGUGUGUCGAGCGAAAGCAGCUCGCUGGAGGAUAAUGGCAUGGACGGAUUGGACGGAGAAGUCGAUCAGGAUCUCGAACCAAGUGAAACCCGAAGCGCUGGCUCCGUAUCUGCCGGUGGUGGUUCGCGUACCUCUUCUCCAGAAAUGCCUGCCGGUAAGAGCUCGGAUGCCAACCCGUCUGCCGUUGCCGAGCCAUCGGCGGGACCCAACGAGCCGUCGGCCGUUCAAAUCUCGAGCGUUAACAAUGCCUCUUGCCCGACGUCCGUCGGCGGCGGCGGCGGCGGCGGUGGCUCGACGUCCACCACCGUCCUGGCCAACGGAGUCGCUUCCACUGAUGGAAUGCCGGACGAGAAGAAGAGGAGCGAUUCUCCCAGUCCGGCGCUAACGACGUUGAGCGGCCCUCCGCCGCCGCGUGCGGCCGGUUUCGAACCGGUCAAGUCGAACCAAGCGGACGAUUUGCCCCCGAUGGUGAAACUGGAACCCGACUACAACCCGGUGGCCACCAACAAUAAUUCGUCUGCCACAAACGAAGAGGUCAAGAGCCGUCCGGCAGCGCUUUUGUCGCCCGCCUCUCAAGACAAGAUGGCGUCUUUGGGGGCCAUGGAUGGCAAGAUGGCGCCCGCUCCGUGGCUGGCCAAAGAGGAGAUGUCGCUGUCGAAUUUCGGCGGACCUGCGUCUUCGCCCAAGUUGCCGUCGCCCACCACGUCGUCGUCGUCGUGUCCGCCUCCUCUGGACAUGUCGAUCGCGGCGGCCGACGUUGGCGGCCUCAGGAACGCCGUCAGCGGUGGUGCCUCAUCUGGGGCUGGCCUGCACUCGUCGCCUUUCAUGGUGCCGCCGGCUCAUUCCGGCUUUGUCCGGCCCUACGCGCCGCUGGAAUCGGCCGCCGCCGUGGCCGAUGCCGUGGCCUACUCUAUGGCGUCUCCCGCGCCCACUACGAUGGCCACUUCGAUUUCCACUGGCGGGCCGUUGGGUCUCGGAGCGAUGCCGAUGCAGGGCACGCGCGACCUGCCCGAGCAGAGCGAACCGCACAAUUUGAAAAUCAAACAGGAAAUGGUGGAUCCGGCUGCCGUGGCGGCAGCAGCAGCAGCGGCAGCAGCGGCCGCUUCGUCGGCCUCUUUACGGGACAUGUCUUCCAUCCAGCGAGAUGGAUCGAUGCCGCCUUUAGGCGCAGGCUUCGUGUCCUAUCCGCCCUCCAUGCCGAUGGGCUCUCUGAUGGAACCCAAGCGCGAACCGGGACUGGCACACCCGCACCCGACGGCCUCUCCACGGCUGGACAAGUCGGCCGGUGGGAUGGGUCCCGGUGGCAGUUCGUCCAACAGCGGUUCCAAAUCGAGCCCUGCCAUUAAGAAAGCUUCAACUCCUACCCCGCAGCAGCACCAGCAACAGCAACAGCAGCAACAGCAGCAAAUUCAGCAACAGCAACAGCAGCAACAGCAGCCGCAGCCGCAGCCGCAGCAAUCUCAACCUCCUGCACCUCCUCCGCCGGCCCAUUCUCUGCCUUAUCCGCCUCAUUUCCUGCCGCACGGCCUAGGAUUGGGACCGCCUCAAGGGCUGCCUCUGUCGCCCUACCACCAACCGGGAGCGCAUGCCUACUCUCCCUACUACCCGUACCCCUUUGCUUACCAUUACCCUCCCAUGCGGAUGCAUGCCCCUCCUCCGCCGGCAUCCGCUGGACCGCGGCCUCAAUCACCGCCGUCGUUUGUCGUCGUCUCGUCGGGAUCGGGUAAUUUCCCUCCGUCCUCUGUCGCCAAUUACCACCAGAGUCCUCUCAGUUUGGGCAACUUCCACGCGUCGCCGUCGGCCGUCGUCAACCCGUUUGCGCCGGGCGGGCCGGGAGGAGCCGGCAACGGGAACGGCAAUGGAUCCAUGUCGGCGUCGAUGCACCCUUCGCCGCCGGUGACGUCGUCGUCGUCGUCAUCGUCGUCGUCGUCUUCGGGUCACGGCGGAUCCAGCGGACGGCCCUACAGCAACAAGGGACCAUCGGAUCCGUCUCAAAUGGCACCGGCGCAGCCUUCGCGAUCACGAUCGCCUCCGCUCUCUUCCUCUUCCUCGUCAGGCGGACCCAACGUUGGCCAGGGGCCUCUGAAGCGAGGACCCAGCCCGCCGCCCAAACGGCCGCACCAUCCGUCUUCGGCAGCUAUGCCGGCCAUGUCGCACUCGAUGUCUUCGUCCUCGCCCUACUUGCCCAUCUUCUCGUCGCCGGCCUCGUCGAGUGGCGGCGGCAGCAGCGGCGGCGGCGGCGGCGGCGGUUACCCGCCCACUUCGGGCUCGAUGCCGACGUACUCGGCCGUGGGGCCGAGCUCGUUCGGCUUCGGCGCUCCGUCGCUUGCCGACUUGCAAGCCAAGUCGGAGUCGCCCUGGAACCACCACCCGCAUCAUCCUCACUCACUGCCUCUACCUUUGUCUCAUCCGCAUCAUCAUUUGCAGCCUCGUUCGUCCACGCCCAUCCAGCCGGUGGCCUCGACCUCGACACUGUCGCAUCCGGCGGCCGGGCUGACGCUGGCGCCCGUUUCGCCGACGGUCGGCAAUCAUUUGAUGCCGGGACUUGUUGCUCCAUCGUCGGCUUCCUCUUCGUCGGCGGCGGCGGCGGCAGCGGCAGCAGCAGCAGCAGCAGCAGCAGCAGCAGCAGCAUUGGGCGCCUCUCACGACGAAGCCAACAGCACCAUACACGAGGACAUGGAUGAAGAAGCUCCGAGUCCGGUGGCCAACACCAUUCCGCGCGGACCGAGUCCUGAACCUAGAAUUGAAGAUUCCGAGUGCCAUCGCAGCCAAAGUGCCAUUUUCUUGCGCCAUUGGAACCGCGGCGAAGGCAGCUCCUGCGCUCGAACCGAUCUCACUUUCAAGCCUGUGCCCGAUUCCAAGUUGGCCCGGCGAAGGGAAGAGCGAUUGCGGCGGCAAGCUGAACGCGAUCGGGACGAACGAGAGAAAGAAAAAGAGAGGGAAAGAGCUGCUGCCCAUGCGCGAAAAGCGGCAACGCCUGACAAGCGCGAAACGCCCAAGCCUUCAACGUCUGGAGCCGGACCAAUCGAAACGAUCACGUCUCCUGGAUUCGAUCGAUUCGGACCGCGUCCGUAUCCCGAUACCCCGGCCUUGCGUCAAUUGAGUGAAUACGCACGCCCGCAUACUGGUUUCUCUCCGGGCGGAAUGCAACGCAACGUUCCAGGCGGACUGGGACUCGGUCCUCCGGCCAUGGACCCCAUGUUGCAUUAUCAGCUCGCAAGUAUGUACGGCGCUGGAGCCCGAGAACGACUCGAACUGGAGCUGGAGCGCGAGAAACGUGAACGUGAAUUGCGGGAGCUCCGAGAACGCGAGAUCUCAGAUCGCUUCAAGGAAGAGAUGCUGAAGAAUGGAGCCGGCAUGCCACCAGGCAUGGGAAUGCCCGGUGGCCCAGGUGGUCUCGGCCCGAGACUCUCUGGACCCCUCGAUCCACACUGGCUUGAACUCCAUCGCAGGUAUGCUGGAAUACCUGGCGGCCCGCCUCCUGGUGCAGGAUUAGGUCCUCCUCCCGGUUUCGGUUUGUACCAAUUGGGAGGUAAUCCAGCUGGAGGCGGCGGACUGAACCCGAUGGAACGCGAACGACUCGAGCGGCUCGGCCUGCAGCUGCCUAGCGGUAUGGGAGGCUCGAUGGGCGGACCUCCAGGACCUGGCAGCGGAGGUGGUGGCGGCGGCGGAGGAGGCGGCGGCGGUGGCGGCGGCGGCGGUGGUGGUGGAGGUGGACCAGGAGAUCCGCGUUCCGAGGCUCAGGCGCGCGACCAUCAAGCAGCCGUGGAUCGACUACAGGCCGAGCGGAUCCAUGCAGCAAUGGCGGACCAACUUCGUCUUCAAAUGGCUGGUCUUAACCCCGAACUCCACACUCACGCUCACGCCCACACUCACAAUCACCUACAUCUCCAUCCCUCAGGUCAAGAUAUGCCACCGCCGCCGGGAUUCCCUCUGAACGCAGGCUACCCCAGACCUCCGCCGGGAAUGCUCCACCAAGACAGCGCGCUCGGACUGCAUCCCGCCGCUGCUGCCGCCAUGCUGGGUCGUCCCUACGACGAACAGUUUGCUCGGCAGUUUGCAGCUGAGCAGCAGCUCCAGCGGCAGAUGAUGGAGCAGCGGUUCCCUCACCCCGGUGCUCCACCCUCCGGCCCACCUUCUGGUCCUUCCCUACAUCCCCAUGCUCAUCCCAAUAUUGUUGCUCAACACGAAGAGUACAUUAGGCAACAGCAGCAACGUGAGAGAGAGAUGAAGGUGCGAGCCAUCGAAGAAGCUGCUCGUGGGGGUCGACCUUAGUUCGAGAUCUUGAAUGCCGAUAAUGAAUAAAUAAAAUAUUGUGGUUCUUAUUCUCUCGCUUUUUCAUCCCUUCAAAAAAAAAAUUAAGAAACGAUGGCUUUUAAAGCAAAACAAAAAAAAAUUAAUAAUAAUGUUUUUUUUUUAAACUGUUUUUUUUUUUUUUUUUUAUAUUUUCCCCUUUUUUUAUUUUUUUUUUUUUUUUUUUUAUUUUUUUAUUUCUCAAUUCCUUUGUGUACAUACAACCCUAACAAGUUUUGCUAUCGUUUGACAUUUUAAAGUAGUAACUGGCAAUGCUAUAAGAGAGGAGUCCCACUGGUGUUUGAGCACCAAUCUCCCUUCUCUCUCCACAUCUUGAAAUUCUCGUGUUCUUGUACUAUUGCGUGUGCAACUACAGUAAUAAAUAUGAAGAGAUUUUCUCUUA